GAACCUUUAAAAAGUAUGGGACAUUUGCCUCCUGUCCCCCCGGCGGCUUCUAUGUCUAUGGUAAGCAGUCAAUAAGGAUAAGGGGUUAAACUGCCGACUCAUAAAAACAGCACGACAUAAGUACUAUUGUAACGAAGGUAUCUUAUUCAAUUGAAGUUACUAGCAAUUAUCAUGCUCGGUUUGGUCCAUUCUAUUAAAAAACCCCUCCAUGUAACAUCCGGGGCUUUUUCGGUAUAUUUAGGAGCUGUAGACCCAUGUUGGUGAAAUGAAGACUGAAUCCAUCUUAACCCAGCAUUAGACAUCAUUUAGUAGGGGCAGUGUGAACAAACACAAGAUAAUGGAUACUUUAAGCUAGACUUAUCUGAGGUCUAAGGUUUAACAAGCUACUGGAGGUGAAACAAUUAGUUGAUCUGGUAACCACCGACAGGCUGGCCAAAAUGAAGGUGAGGGAUUCAAUGUCACACCACAAUGGCAAAACGAUGAAAGUUGUACCACUAAUGUUCUUUAAAUAGUCAGUUUCAAUAAAUGUAGAUCUUGUAUCAAGAAUAAUGUUCUCUUUAAACACAUCCCCUUAACAAUAAACAAUGGAUGCGCAACUAUAGUUUUUUUUCAGAAUGUUAUCCUCACAGCAAGUAAUUUUUUAGUAUACCAAAGUUCCAAAUUUUCUUUCUGUUUUUUGCAUUUUCCACGAUACCUGCAUUUUAAAGGGAAAACAAAAAUGCUAGUCCUCUUCUUUUUCCAUUGAAAGGCUCGGAUUAAAGGUUCGGAUACAACCCUAAUAUACCGUUGUGUAACGGCCGUAACAGCUCUUCCAUAACAUUAACUAUUUAAAAAAGUUAAUGCUGCUGCUUUGCUUCGUAUCAGACUCGAUUUUGUAGAUAAAAUAAGAGCAAACUUUAUUCAACAAGAUUUACGAAAAAGAGCUCCCUCCUACCAAAGUUGAUCCUAGCACUUGUGCCCCUAAAAUGCUUUCGAUGCCACUAGUUUAUUUUGACGCCCCUAUGUUCUUUAAAGAGGUGUAAUAUACAAUAAAUGCAUCCCUAAAAUAUCUACAGUCGAACCUCUAAUAACUUUGAGAUCCAAGGCCUAUUGGCCGUUAAUGGGAGGUGGCCGUAAUCUCUGAUUAAAUUUUAUUUAAUCAUAAUUUUAGUAAAAACAUUCACAAGCGUUUGGGAUUGAAGGUCUGUGAUCGCUAUUGGGAGGUGGCCGCUAAUCGGUGGUUGUCGUUAUUAGAGGUUCGACUGUAUAAACUCUUUUUUUUAAGAACAACUUUAUAAGAACACGAGCCUCAGAAUUGGUCAAAAGUUCAGAACAAAUUAAGAACAAGCUGAGGCUGAGCUUCUGCAAAAUGCAAUUUUGAACAACUUGUUUCUCAAAAUCGAGGAUUUUUAGUGAUGUGUGGGUGCUUUUUCGGUGAAUAUUCAAAUUUGUCAGCAAAUUAAAGCUGUCUCACACACUUUGUUGGCAAAUGAGGCCUAAACACCUCCCUAGAGCGAAAAAGCUAGCACUCGCACUGCUGACAGCCUUUUAGAUUAAGAACAAAUUAAGAACAAUCCAGACUCAGAUUUUCGAAAAAAAAUAAGAACAGUCAGCCUGAACUUAAAUUUACUGGUUCUUAUAAAAAAAGAAUCAAAAAAUAAAAAAAAAUUCAUUUCCGGAUCAAUUAAAAUAAAUGUAUCUAGCGCGUAUGAUCUUUUCCUUUUCUCUUUUUACGUCAAAGAUCAUAUAUCAAACAGACUUCCACCCAUUCAUAAUACAUUUAUAAAACAACAUAAGAACAAUUCAGGCUGAAAGUUAUUGAAAAAUUAGGAAAAACCAGCCUGAACUUUCAAUUUACUGGUUCUUAUAAAUUGACUGUACGUGAUCAAGAAAUCAACCUCAGCAUGCAGCUUAAAAAUCCAAAAAUAAACCAUGGAUUGUAAAAGAAAACCAAAGCAGAACGAAUGCUUUCUAAAAAUUUGGGCAUGCAUUUUUGAGGCUCCCGUUGUUAUUGACGCGGUAAUGUAUUGGAUACCAGUAUUGACAUAAGCUGAUGAGGGAUGUAUUCAGUUUCUUGAAAAGCCCAUGUAAUUCAACCCACUGAAGUGGUUGUGACGCAGACAAAGGCGUGAGAGAUCACAGGGUAUCAAAAGGAAGCCGUUAUUUCAAUAAAAAUCGAUAAACUGAAUGCAUUUGAAUAGAAGAGGCAGAAAGGGAAUAAAACGAAUCAAAAAGGAAGCAGUUCAAAACAAAGACUCAAGAAGGUGAUAUAAUGGGCCUGUUAUGACAGUUUGCAAGCAGGCCUUGAUUUGAAUGUGGCGUAGAAUGCAAUGAUAACAAAGCUAUUUGAGCUCUCUCUAAUAAAGGCGAAGAUGGUAGACGAAGAAUGAGAGAAACAUCGAUCAGGAGAAGCACGUCAUCAGGCCAUGACAGAAGGACCUUUGAACACAGAUAAGACAUCAGAGAUCUAGACUUCCUGCAAAAAUUGCCAGUUUAUCUCUUAAAUAUGGACAUGAAAAUCCCCGUUAUUAAAAUCGAUUUAUUUGAAAAUUCACCAGAAGAUUCUACUACCUACCAAACAGAAUCAAAUGCGGUUAAAGACAAGCGAGGAGAAAUCAACGACCUUGAUCCACAGAAGAACGCAUUGAAAAACAGUACCGAACCCACUGAAGUUCAUGGUACGUCAUCUGAAUACAGGAACGGUACGUUCCGUAAAGAACGAAGUAUUCAGAGUCAGACAGAAAACGCCAAAACCCGGCGAACUUUUGCACAUCUUGCAAAAUCGGGAAUCCAUUCAGUACGGAUUGAAGGCUUCGAGGACAAAAAUGGAGGGCACAAACCGGAUGCAGUUUCAGAAAAAUGUAAUAAAAAUGGUGAAAAUGCAGACAGGCGGUCAAUUGCGAGUGAAAAUACAAGUAAGACACCUGAAAUUACUAGAAAAAGUACAUUACCAAAGCUGGAAGUUGAACCUUACAGAAAUAAUAUAGACGCGAUUGUAUCACCUCUUCUCUUAAGGCGGCAUCGAAAUAACGAUAAACGCAUGUCUGUGGACAUAUUACCAAGAAAGGGAGCAAAAUGCCUUAUAGAUAUAACGCCCUUAUCGCGGGUAAAUUCAUCGAAAUUCCCCGGAAGCAUCAAGUCAAGUUGGAUGUCGGCUGAGGAUCAGCAAAUAAUCCAGUCUCCACCAGCAAAACAAGGUGUAUAUCAGGAUGCAAUUUUUCGCAACUCUCUUCGAAGAGCAACCAAUUCAUUGGACAUGACGGCACAGAGCCGAUCUCGGACUGAUAGGUCAGUCUCUACAGAUCAAAAACCAAAUAAAGGAAGUCGGCCACGAUCUCGGUCAAUGUGUACAUUUGAUGAAGAAGAUACAACUGAACCGGACGACUCACUUGCUACCCAUAGAAAACCGAGCAAACAUUGGCAUAUUGCGCGAGAUUAUAUGAAUGCGAGAAGCAUCCGCCUUCCGGAACUUGUGAAUGCAUACCGGAAACAUGAACUGAUCCAAGCAAAACAAGCAACCGAUACCGACAAAUUUACACCAAAUAAAGGUCAGAGCCAAUCUAAGGAAGAUGCACUCAAGACAUUUCUAGCAAAACAGAGAAAGAUGAUGGUUAAGAGCAAAAGUGAGGAAGUUGUUGACACAAAAGACGACGAAGAAGAAAUAUUGUAUGUAAGGGAUGUCAGAGCUAUGUCGCUUGAAGAAAGACUACAGGCCAUCGAAAGACGACACGGGAUAGUUCAUGAUGAAGUUUUUGAACAAAAUGAUUGACAAGGAAUAUGCAAUAUUUCCAGGAAAGAGAACCGGCAAGUAUUUGACUUGGUAGAAAAUUAGAGUCGAAGGUUCGCCUUUUUAGGUCACGUCAAAGGGCAAGGAAAAAACCUGAUCAAGCUCUACAAAUUUGUACAAUGCCUGCCAAAAGUAAAUGGGCCACCCUGCAAUUUGCGUUGCAUUUGAUAUCAUUCAUUCCUUUCCCGACAAAAAAUUACUACUUCCGCCCCCUUCCCCCUAAAACAAUGUAUAUAAUUAAGGAAAAUAUCAUAAAAAAGGGCAAGAGAAUGUUUUUUCCUAAAAUUCUAACACAUUUCAUUGUAAACCAACAGUGUUCUAUAGGGGAGAUAGGGAUCGUUGAUUUUGACCUUGGAAAUUGACGUCAGUGUUCCAAGACUUUGGCAGGCAUUGUACUACCGUUUUGAAAUCAUAAACAAUUGUGAAAUCGUGACUUGCAAUUUCUGUCACAUUGUAAGAUAGCACUAGAAGCUUCUUUCUGUUGAACAAUUCAAUUUUUUGAAUAAAAAUAAAACCCUUUUAUAACACCCUUUAAUGAAUUAUGGUUACUUAUUGAAGACGAAUUUAGGAAUAAACCAAAUUUCCUACUUCUUUCAAUAAUCUUAUUUUUAACUAUUUUUGUACAAUUUAUACAUUUAGUCAGAAGCAGGUAGCAUAAUUGUCAGAGGUAAUCUGAAAAGUUCAUCGUUAUGUUGAAUACCCUGGUAAAUUUUGUCAGCGAAGAUCGACGAAAAUAAAUAUCAGACUAUAUAAAUGACAACUCCAUUUUUUAAACUGUAUCUCAAAAUUUGAACAUUUAAAUGCUUAAUUAGAGAGUAGGCAAUGUAUAUUGAAAGUCACUGUAUAUCAUGUGCUACUGAGACAUAUCAUGUUUAUCAUG